AUGGCUACCCUUACACACCAUGAAGUCACAUACGCAGGCGAUAAGAAGAUUCAUUAUUUGGCAGCCGGUCCAGUUGAUGGGCCUCUGGUCCUCUUCAUCCAUGGAUGGCCAGCCACCGGCAUCACCUGGAAACCCCAGCUCGAUGCCUUUGCCGCAGUAGGCUUCCGAGCUAUCGCCCCGGACAUGCCCGGCUACGGACAAUCGACUGCCCGCCGGAUCGUGGAUGAUUACUGCCAAGAAGCGAUCGUGGAGGGGAUGAUGGCUCUGCUCGCCGACACGGGCCGCAUGGCUGCUGUCUGGGUGGGACAUGACUGGGGCUCUGCUGUGGUUUCCUCGGUCGCCAUCCAGCAUCCGCAAACCGUGAAGGCUGUCGUGAAUGUCUGUGUGCCAUACUCGACCAUCGAGCUUGGCUGGGAUGGCUUUCUGCCGUCGGUAAAUCGUGAAACCUACCCGGUGGAUCAAUACGAGUUCGGACAGUGGGAUUAUAUGAAACAUUACGAGGAGGACUUUGAAAAAGCCAUCGAAUGGUUCGAUAGUGACAUUGCUGGCUUCUGCAAAGCGAUCACGACAAGGCCAGCUGCGCUGCCAGAUCGCCAUACCCCUGUCAUGAUGGCUACGGUGCGCAAGAAUGGGUGGUUCAACGGCCUCCCGAAACCACCGAGCGUGGAAACGAUUGGCCCGUCAAUGCUUGCUGAGGACGUGUACGAGUCUUUCGUCAAGGACAUGCAGAAGACUGGUCUUUGGAGCGGCUCUGCCUAUUACUUGCACCAUAAGCGGAAUGCUGAUUACAAUGGAAGUCGCGACAGAACGUUGAAGCAGCCUGCAUUAUUCAUCCAUGCUACAUGGGAUCUGGUGUGCGAUACAAAGAGCUCGCGGCUUAUCGAACCCAUGAAAGAAGCUUGCUCGAAUUUGACAGAGGUUACCAUCGAAGCGGGCCAUUUUGUGCAGUUUGAAAAGCCUGAAGAGUUCACUGCUGCCGUGCUGAGGUUUAUAGUAGAGGAACUGCCGAGUGAGUGGCCUGGAUCCUUGGACAGCGAGUAUAGUAUACCAAGACCAAGUCCGAGUCUUAGCCAUGCUGGUUCGCAUCUACAAAGGAAACAUUAA